AUGAGAGCUGUCAACAGCGUGACGAAGGGUCUGGCACACCCGCUUCCUAGGAUCGACGACGCAUUGGACUCAUUGGCUGGGGCGCGAUGGUACACCACCCUCGAUAUGGCCACAGGAUACUGGCAGGUAGAGAUCGCUCCCGAAGACCGUGAAAAGACCGCGUUCACGACGGGGAGGGGACUGCACCAGUUUCGAGUGAUGGCCAUGGGGCUGAAAAACGCCGGCGGCACCUUCCAGCGCCUGAUGGAGCUUGUGCUGGCGGGUCUAGACACCCGGACAUGCCUCGUCUACCUAGACGACAUCAUCCUCUUCAACAAGACCGAGCACGAGCACCUGGCGACUCUGAAAGACGUUUUCGAACGUAUCAGAGAGGCCGGUCUCAAACUCAAACCCCAAAAAUGCCACUUGGCAAGAAACGAAGUCACCUUUCUCGGGCACUCAGUAUCGGAGGCAGGAGUGAAGCCAGAUCAAAGGAACGUGGACAAGGUCCUCACGUGGCCAGAACCUGCCGAUGACUCGAAGAUGAAUAGCUUCCUGGGGCUGUGUGGCUACUAUGCCCACUUCAUCGAUGGCUAUGCCGAGAUCGCCAGGCCACUGAGGAACGCUGCACUGUCACCCGGGAAACUGGUGUGGACGGCGGAGAUGCGCCAGGCUUUCGCUCAGCUCAAGAGCAUCCUGGCUUCGCCCCCCGUGUUGUCUCUGCCUCGUUUCCGCGGCAUGUUUGUGCUGUAUACGGACGCGUGCAACACGACGGUGGGGUCCGUCCUGACGGAACGGAUCGAUGGCGAGGAGCGUGUCAUAGCCUACGACAGCAAGGUCCUCACAAAGCAGCAGGUGAAGUGGCCCACUUAUGACAAGGAGUUGUGGGCUGUCGUCCACGCUAUCAGACGCUUCCGUCAAUACACCACAGGCGCCAAGUUCCUGGUCGUUACCGACCACAAACCUCUGGCCAACAUCCCUCAGUCCAUUGCGGUGGAACGUGACGGGACGGGACGGCGAGGCCGUUGGGCCAUCGAGCUAAGCUCGUUUGAAUUUGAUGUCGAGAUCAAGGCUGGAGUGGAACACCGCAACGCUGACGCUCUAUCCAGGCGGCCAGCUGAGUCCGGAACAGUGGAAGUGCCGACUCCUGAAGUGGCUGUCGCCUCCGUAUCUGGCGCUAAGGCGUCCGUAGCAGCGUCCCGCUUCCUGGAGGAUAAACCUCGCUCCGGCGGUACGUUUUCAGGCGUGUGUCCUGACCCAGAUCGCGCCGGAGGAGUAGAGACCCAGGUGAUGUCUCGUGCCCUGAAGGGCAGUCCUGUCCCUGGUGGUACGGAUACAGGCGUGUGUCCUGAUCCAGACCACACAGUCCAGGCACAGGUGACGUCUGGUGCCCUGAAGGGCUGUCCUUUCCCUGGUGGCACGGAUACAGGCGUGUGCCCUGAUCCGGACCACACCAGCCAAGGGGGGAUACAAGCGGCGGUCAACGCGCCUCUGGGGGCUGGCAGAGGCGACGCUCAGGGUAUUCGUCAAGCUCAGGAACAGGACUACGCUUUGCAGCAGAUCCGCAGCCGGCUGGAGAGUGGGGAGACACCAGAUCGGAGCAAGAUGGGAGCCUGGGGGAAGGUGCUGCUGCCCCGCUGGAGGGACGUCGAGCUGCGCGAUGGAGUCAUCGGACUGGCGACGGAUCGCCUUCAUUCUGACCAAGGGCGGCAGUUUGAGUCCCGAGUGUUCCAGGCCAUGUGCCAGAGACUAGGUAUCCACAAGACCCGAACUACGCCGUACCACCCCGAAAGCGACGGCAUGGUAGAAAGGUUUAACCGGACGCUGAAGGACAUGAUCAGCAAAUGCGUCGAUGCUGAGGGGCUGCAUUGGGACGUCGACAUCAAGGCGUACUCAAUGGCCUACAAUUCAUCAAUCCACAGUGCAACCGGGUACACACCCUUCUAUCUGGUGCAUGGGUACGAACCGCGGAUGCCGCUGGACGUCGAGUACGGACCUGCCGUCGAAUCCGUGCCGGUGCACAGCUACCUCGAGGACCGACUCCGCUCCAUGCGUGCCGCGUACAAUCAAGUACGAAGCAACUCGGCUCGAGCCGCCAAGGAAGCCGCUGAGAGGUAUGACGCGAAGCAGUGUGCCGAAGAGUAUCGGAUCGGGGACAAGGUCUGGACCCGAGACUUCAGGGCCGCAGCUGGCGGUAAACCCAAGCUGGGCUUACCAUUCACCGGUCCCUCUACCAUCAUUGGUAAGGUCGGGGCCCCCGGGAAGGAGGUCGCCUAUAAGGUGGCCAACAAGGACGGCAAGGUGUCCGCGUAG